GGUGUGUGUUUAUACGCUGUCAGCUAAAAUUGGAUGCAUUUAGCGCCAUUUUUAUAUCAGCCAAUGGGUGAAGAGCUAAAGGGUUUUCUCGUAUGACGUACCAAAGGAGGUAUUUUCCAACAUUUCCCAUGAUUCCACAUAAUAAUAUUUCCUACAAAAUUAUUAUGAAUGUAAACUAUGGCUGCUAAGCAUGAACAGAAAGGGGAAUGGUCGGUUUUUUGGCCGAAAAAGAAGUGAAAACAAGAAUAAAGGACCACAACGACAGAGAACGCCAUUCUACAGACGAAAUAUCGGCAUAGCAGCCAGUCCACUACUGUUUAUUUUCGGUUUAAUUCGCCAACUUGCUUUCCAGUUCUGGUUGGUUCUAACGUUAGUUGUAUGCAAGUCUCGAGAAUUGUCACGGGGGCAGUGUUAUCGUCGUUUAAGAGGUGGUGUUUCGGCGGACGCUGAGGCAGCUAUGACAUCACCAUCCAGAGUCAAAUCGCCCUCUCCUGCAGAACCCGCCCUAAGUCAGCAAAAGCACUAUCACAGAAAAGCUUUCGAGUAUAUUUCAAAGGCGCUGAAAGUAGACGAAGAAGAUGCAGGGAGAAAAGAUCAAGCCAUUGAGAUGUACAAGAAGGGAAUUGAUGCACUCCAGAAGGGCAUAGCUGUUGAGGUCACUAUGGGAGAAGGUGAGUCCUGGGACAAAGCCAGGAGACUCCAAGAGAAGAUGAUCACCAAUUUGGUUAUGGCCAGAGACAGACUGGAGAUUCUAGAAAAAGCAUUACUCCUCUCUGUUCAAGAGAAUAUUGCGUCCAAUACUGCUGAAAGGUUAGACCCCAACCCAAAUUUACGUGAACGUCAUGUAAUGCCUAGUGACCACAAUACCUGGAGUGAUGAAGCCAAGGCACCCUCCUCGUUAGGGGAGGUAACCAAGAGGAAUGUUUCUAAGCACAGUGAGGAUGCUGCAGUGAACAGCAAAACUAACAAACCUAUUAGACAUAUGCCGAUGGCCAUACAUAAAAGUAAUUCCCUCCCUAGAUCCAAUCCCAGGGGACAGAACAAGAUAAACAGCCCAGCAACAGCACGGGAUCGCUACAAACAGACACCCAAACUCAAUGCACCUGGUACGUGUAAUAAAAGAAGACCAGAUUUAUCCAAGAUGAAAUUAAAGAAUGUGGACAAGAACAUAGCAGAAACAAUUCUGAAUGAGAUUCUGGAUACAGGACCCACAGUCACAUUUAAAGACGUUGCUGGACAAGAGGCAGCCAAAGAAGCCUUAAGGGAGAUUGUCAUCCUACCAGCCUUACGACCAGAGUUAUUUACAGGACUGAGAGCUCCUGCCCGUGGUCUCCUUUUGUUUGGUCCACCAGGGAAUGGAAAGACUAUGCUGGCAAAAGCAGUUGCCAAUGAAUCCAAUGCAACAUUCUUUAAUAUUAGUGCCUCAAGUCUCACUUCAAAGUGGGUUGGUGAAGGAGAAAAACUUGUUAGAGCAAUGUUUGUAAUAGCAAAGGAGCUUCAACCAUCAGUUGUGUUCAUGGAUGAGAUUGAUUCACUUUUGUGUGAGAGAAGGGAAGGGGAGAAUGAUGCAAGUCGCAGACUGAAAACUGAAUUCCUUGUGCAGUUCGAUGGGGUAUCAGGGAGUGCUGAGGACAAAGUGCUUAUUAUGGGUGCCACUAAUAGACCUCAGGAACUGGACAAUGCUGUUUUAAGGAGAUUUGCUAAGAGAGUGUAUGUAAAGAUGCCAAGUAAAGACACUCGGAAAAGCAUGCUUAGUCACCUUUUGUCCAAACAUGGCAACCCUCUGUCUAGUCAGGAAUUGGAUCACAUUGCGCUAUUGACUGAUGGUUAUUCAGGAAGCGACCUUAAUGCACUUGCAAAGGAUGCGGCUCUUGGUCCAAUAAGAGAUUUAUCUGCAAAAGAGGUGACAACUGUGGAUGCAAAUCAAGUACGGAAUAUUACAGCAAAUGAUUUUAUGGAAGCUCUCAAAAGAAUUCGGAGAAGUGUUGCUUCAGAAAGUUUACAGCAAUAUGAGACUUGGAAUGUGGAAUAUGGAGCUGUUGGUGUUUAAUAUAUAAAUGAAUUUAAUUUAUGACCUACAUUCCAGAAUUCAUUUUCACCACUUUCUUAUUUUCAUUUGUAUCAUCAAUAUCAUUUUUAUACUGCUAAAAGUGUUGAAACAAGAAUAAUAACAAUGACUAUUCAAAUUAAAAUUUGCCUAUGCAAAUUGCAGUAACUAUUAUCAAGUGCUUUAAUUCUUGUACAUAAAUCAUGUUUGUGACAGUAUUUUACAGACGGAAAUUUUUAAUGGUUGUCUGAAAGAUGAUGGUUUGAUGUAAAUGUUUGGAUUUUUUUUUUAGAACACUUUGUACGUACUUAAAUGAUAUAUGUCAACAAUUGAUGGACUUUUCUUGGGCAUUCAUAUGAUUACACUAAACAUCUAUGAUUGUCAUUCAUAUGAUUACACUAAACAUCUAUGAUUGACAUUCAUAUGAUUACACUAAACAUCUAUGAUUGUCAUUCAUAUGAUUACACUAAACAUCUAUGAUUGACAUUCAUAUGAUUACACUAAACAUCUAUGAUUGUCAUUCAUAUGAUUACACAAAAUAACCAUUGCUGAGGGGAAAAUGCAGUAGUGUAAGAAUCCCAUUCACAUUUCAGUACACAUUGAUGAGAUUAACCAGUAGGUAUACAGGUACCGUGUAAUGUCAAAUUCUUAAGUGUUGUCCUUUUUAUCUACACUCAGAUUUACUUGUAUAGAACUGCAUGCAAAAUGAUGCUUUGUAAACCUGUGUGACUGCUUGUUAAUGCAUGCAUCUUCUUUAUUUAUAGACAGGGAAAUUUAUUUGUUAUGUUUUUUAUGCAUUUACAAUAAAUUGUUAUGUGUUCUAAG